AUGGCUGCCCUGGCCCAAGAGGUGGUUGCUUCCCUGUGCGCCAUCGAGGCCUUUCCGGUUCUCGAGUUUGGGGAUCGCCUCUCCAACUUCGCCCGCAAUGCCCCUGCUGUCUCAACUCUCAAACGGGAUAUUCGUCUGAGGCCUGAGUUUGGCCCGCCUAUUAGCACGACUAGUAUCAGCGGUCGCGAUCAGUCCGAUGCUCUCAAUAGACUUGCAGUGCAGUCUGUAGUUGUUGCAAUUACUGGCCUCAACAGCACGGCAGAUAAGUCCAGGUUCAAGGAGUGCGUUAAAGGCGCAGACGCAUCGUAUGGGACUUUUGUUGAUUUGUCCAAAGCUGCUCUUAUCUUAUACGAGGAGCACAUCAACUGGCGCCUCGAGGCCGACUCCCUCCCGACCUUGGAAGAGCUUUUCCAAACCCCGGAUUUUCUCACACAUUUUAACAAGAAGAUCACCGAUCCCAGAUUUGUUGCCGAUGUCGUUGUGCUGGAUCUUGUCAAGCCACAGAAGGCCAUCUGCACAACUCUCAUGUUUGUGGCCGAGUACCUGAAACAAGGCCCGGCCAUGACGCCAAUUUUGGGAAGCGACAACUUUGAGAAGUCAGCCAGCGGUCAGAUCCUCGCCUCGUGGAUCCAGACGAUGCUCAUCGACUCCGCCGCCGGGGUCGAGUACUCGCCCAAAGACCUGUUCAACUUCUCGGUCGAGGUUGCUUCCCUCGUCGCCGUCCCCGUGGAUGCUCAGGGCAAGCAUCUAGAGAGUAGCGGUCUUCCGAUGCGCAGCCUCGUCAUGUCCAAAACGUUCAAGGGUGCGGCCAAGGCAGCCAGGAUGCGCAAGGCCAAGAUGGGCAAAGCCGUCUCACCGAAUGGCGACGCCUCCGGCCCUUCCAGUGAGGACUCUGAUUUCGACGACAUGAUUGACGAGGGACAAAAACACUUCAAGUCUAUCGUCACGCGCCUCCAGCUUCGAUGGCCUGUCAUUCAAGAUGGCUGGGAAGGCGCGGUGAAGAAAAACGCCACGGUCAGCAGCCAGACGAGCCGCACGGUAACGAGAACGACUCCAGGACAUGGAAGCGAUAACCCAAACACGCCGUUCCCGGAUAGGCAGAUUCCCAAGGCUGAGCAAACCAAAAAGUAUACCGAGGUGACCACUAUUACCGGUCAGCCGCUGGCCGAGUGGACUGCAAAAGCCCGAUCAAUCUAUCCUGAUGUUUUUACCAAUCGCGCUCCUCGAACUUCGGACGUUCAGCUUAUUCCCAUUCGAAGCGGAGGCGGUGGGGGAUGCUUCAAACCGGGAACUAUGAUCGCCACUGACAAAGGAAACGUUGCCAUCGAAACUAUCGUUGAGGGCACACGAGUUCUGACCCAUGCACAUGGUCAGCGAUUUGGUGUUACUUCGGACGAGGACGUUACUGUCACAGCCGAAGACGAAUUCCUUGUUGGGUUUAAUAAUGAAGGCGUUUUUGCCACCAAAGGUCACAUGUUUCACACCACGACCGGUCUCCGUGCUGUCGACCCAAACGCCGCGGUCGAGGAGAAUGCUUGGGUUGAGGUGGGCAAGCUCCGAGUGGGGCACGUCUUGUAUCGUCUCUCGCCCGACGGCCAGUCAUACGACUUGGUGCCCAUUGAAUCCAUCCAGAUCGAGCACAUGCCUGACCUGAAGACGGUUCAUGGCUUGCAUCUCCGUGAGGGGGACCGCAGUUACCAUGCCGACGGAUUCCUUGUUGCCGUCAACUACCCCGAAAUCACCAUCAAGUCGGUCGCCCGAGCCCUUCUCCAACUAGACCGCCCCGAGAGAGUUAAGAUUCUAUACGGACUUCGCGAGCUGUGGCCUCUCUUUGGCAAGCUCGGUCUCAAAGGGGUGGACCAGUUGCUGCACAAGGAGCUGAGGACGGCUCGCCACGGCCGAAUGAAGACGAAGCGACACAUGCCACGCCUGAAUCUGCAGGACCUGCGUAGGACCCUGAAGCUAGAAGCCUGUGAGUCGAUUGUCAAGACCUGCAGUGCCCCUGACGGAUAUCAGCUUCCGUCCGUGGAAAUCUUUGAUGGCGUUCUCGUCCUGGAUGGUCGGCCUGUCGAACGAACCACCUUUGACACGGUCAAGAACACUCUGCAGUGGUCCAGGGAGGUUCCCGGAGUGGGGUUUGAGCAUGGUCUCAUCGAGUUUCGCCAGCAUGGUCUGGAUGUGCGGGGAGCCGUUCUCAUCUCCGACGAUGAGAACCCAACCAAUAAUUGCGAGCUUGAUGGCUCUUGUGUGGUCGCCUUCAAGACUCGAUCUGCCCCCACGUCGAAGAGGCCGGCCACGAAGAGCCAGGGCGGUCCCGCCGAUGCUAUUGCGGCGGCGGAGAGUCGAGCCUCUCUGCCGAUAAAGAACGGCAAGGGCCCGAUGCCGAUCCCGAGACCCAAGCUGACGCGGCCGCCGAAGAACGACAAAGGCCCGAUGCCGAUCCCGAUUCCGAUUCCAACCCCAAUCCCAGACAUUGACGAAAAUCCAAGCCCGAACCCGAGUCCAAUUUCCAAUGGCGAUAAUGCCGAGGGGAAUGAAGUCAGUCUCUUGGACCUCGAAGAUGGCGAGCUGGUGUCCAGCUGGGACGAGGAGUGGUAUUUCGAUACCUACGUCGACUCGGUCGUGUGGCCACCCGAGGCGGAAACCCGCGAGACCUGCGUCGACCCGCACUUCUUCUCCAAGUUUGGUCUCGGCAUCUACUACUCGGAGAAGGAGAACGGCCUGCCGAUCCCCUCCGUGCUGCUGUCCGAGCUGGACCAGCUGGUGGUCGACUACAACGCCACCGUCGAGCGGUACAAGCAGCUGCCGUCCUUCUACAACUCCUACAUCGUGGAAACCCCGGACAAGCGGAUGCGAUUCAAGAUCGAGAUCACGUCCCCGGCGGUCAUCUCGGCCUUGUCGGAUCAGCACGUCGGCCCGGCCACGCCAACCGAGCUCGGCACGUUUCCGACGAAAAACUUGACGUUUACGAAAAUCGGCAGCAGCGUCGUCAUUCCGCUUCUCUUCGUCGAGGCUGAUCUUGAGUUCGAUCGAUUCCGGUCCGAGCUGCACGGUGCAGUUUACGAGUUCAAUGGAGAGAUGGCGGGAUUCCUAGGGGACAAAUACUGCAUGGAAGGUUAUGAGCCAGAGUUCUUCUUCUCGGCCGCGGAAGUGAAUGAGAAACGGGGCGCUUUGUCGAUGAGCAUGGCUCGUCCAGCUGCUACUGAGGCACCCGGCUCGGAGACUCUUGUGGAGAAGAGGGCCACCUCGGCUCGCAAUACGCAGCCCGCCGCUGUGACUGGAUCAUUGGCAAGGGCCGCCAAUACGCCGUCAAAUCAAGUGGUUGAAACAUCGCAAACCGUCUUUGAGGAUCUCAUGUUUUAUUACAUGGAUGACAAGGACGUCGAGAACUUCACCACGUCCAAGAAGCCCACCAGCGACAAGUUCCCCGAUGGACUUCUGAACAGCAUGACAUCGGACAUGCAGGGUUGGCUCAAGAACGUGUACGGCAAAGCAUACAUCACGUAUUCCCUGUCACAGAUGAACUCCAAAACCGAGGAAGGCCUAAGGAAGAAGCUUACCGAGGCCGAAAAGCAAAAGAUUUGGUACUUUUGGGAAGGCAAUGGCCCAAAAUGUCUUGCGAAUCAGGACAUGUAUAAUAAGAUCAACGAGCGGGUGUCACUCUUCGUGACCCGAGAUAUACUCGACAAGGUUGACGACGAUUGGCGCAAGGACUUCCUCGACACCAGUCCCGAAAAGCCGUGGGCUCAGCAGAUGCUCGAGAAACUCGACAACGAAUCCUAUCUGAGACAGAAAAUCGUGCCUGGGCUUAGCACGGGGUCCGGCAACAUACUCAACCGGUGGUGCAUCGUCGCCCAGGCCCUCUCCCCGAACUUCCUCCAAGAGGACGAGCGCGACUUCGCGGGCGAGCUCUACCUCAGCCUGCACAGCCAGUUCCUGGCCAUCAGCCAGCUGGCUGCCACCGACAUACCGGCGGAUAUCCUCGGGUACGAGUCUGGCGAGUGGAUCAUCGACGCCAUCGGGCACCUGAUGGACCUGGUCGAGGAUGGGGCCUCGGAGCUCGACGACGAGGUCCGGGCCAUGUUCCUGGAGGACCUCAACGGCCUCUACGAGGACAUGAACCUCACCGACGAGACGGCGGAGGAGAGGAGAAUCCAGGUCCUCCAGAGUUUUGCCGUGGCCGUCACCCAGAUCAGCCAGAUUCUCCAGGGGCUCGGGUCCAUCAUGAUGACGUGGGGACCGUCUGACCGGAUACACAAGGCCAUCAACCUGGCCUUCCAGAACAUGCAGAACUUUUCGUUGAAGCGCCUGGCCAAGAUGAGAGGGUUUCUGACCGUCGGAGCGGGCGUCGGCGUUCUCAUUCUCACGCUGAACAUCUCGUCGGAGUGGAAGAACAUGACGCCGGAACAACGGGUCGCCUGCGCACUGGACCUCACCAAGGCGUACGCCGAUCUCCUGGCCGGCGCGACCACCAUCUUCAGGGACUACCAGGUGGUCAAGCAGGGCCACGCCGCCGCAAUGGAAUCCGACGUGCUCGACCAGCUCUUCACCAAGCGCCUGCGGAAGACCAAGCUCAACAUCCGGCUGCAGCGGAAGCUCAACACGACCCUCAACCCCGCCACGGGCGCCAUCGACGUCAUCGACGCCGAGAAGCAGGCGCGGCUGGGCCACAUGGAGGCCCUCAUCAACGACGAGGUCCGCAAGGGCAAGUACCUCAACAGCGCGGACCUGCGGGUCAUCAACAACGAGAAGCUGAGCGCGCGCAAGGACCUCCUUCCGGGGGGGAAGAGGGCGGAGCAGCUGCGGAGGAGCAACUGCUCCGUCACCACGUUCGGGGCCAUCUGCUUCGCGCUCGGGGUGGCGUCCUUCAUCGCGUCGACGAUAUCGCUGUCCAAGGACAUGAAGAACAUGACGACCAGGGGGAGGCGGCUGGCGCGGGCGCAGAUCGCCUUCAUGGCGCUAGGGGUCGUGCUCGAGCUGAUGGGCUUCUUCGUGUCCAGCCUGAUGGUGCCGUUCGCGGGGAUCGUCAUCGCCAUCGUCGGGCUGAUACUGGGGUUCCUGUUCGCGAGGGAGGAGGAGCCGCCGCUGACGCCGACGGAGGAGUUCAUCGAGAAGGAGGCCAAGCCGCUGUGCGCGGGGCUCGACGACCCGCCGGGGGCGAGCCUCAAGUACGCGGUGAAGACGCCGUCGUCGGCGUGGAAGGGGAACCAGGAGGUGGUGGUGGUGGUGGUGGAGGGCAGGAACACGACGUCCGAGCCGGUGAGCUUCAAGAGCGCGUCGGUGCUGUUCUCGACGGGGGACGACGACGUCUGCCUGCUCAAGGAGCUGGGGCUGGAGGAAAACGGCGUGCAGGAGCAGCUGAACGCGAGCGGGGCCUUCUCGCGGGGGAACAUGUGGAUCGAGAAGUUCGGCACCCUGGAUUCGAAGCUGGUGGAGACGGGGCUGUUGAAGGAUCAGUUCAGCGAGACGUUCGAGUCGUACCGGUACUCGCUGUAUCCGGUUGACCCGCCAGAGGAGUCGGAAGGCGGUGAUGGCGACGAGGCUGAAGGGGAGGAUGGUGGCCUGCCGGAGGACCCCGUCAUCGUCGUGCCGGGCAAUUCCGGGUUCAGGUGGGUGGUCAAGGGGACGGUCAACCCAGUCAUGACGGUAGGGGGGAAGAAGCAGGACGGGGAGUCGACGAUUGAGAUUAUCGAGAGCUUGCCGAACGGGGAUAAGACGAGGGUCAUGUUCAAGAUCCAGAGGACUUGA